AUGUCAAUGUGUUUGCCCGAUGGUUAUUGUCUUGAUAUUCGAGGUCCAUUUUAUGGAAAUAAAAAUGAUGCUCGUAUUUCUGAUUAUAUAGUUUCUACCAAAAAAGCACUCGAAGGAUGGUGCGAAAACGACGACGUGAUGAUUUGCGAUCGGGGUUUUAGAGACGUGGUCGACGUUUUCAGUGAACUGGGCUAUGAACCCAAGAUGCCAGUCUACCUUAAAAAAGGUCAAAACCAACACACAACCAAGGAAGCUAACGAAUCGAGGCUAGUGACAAAAGUCAGAUGGGUCGUCGAAUCAUUUCAUGCAAGACUCAAAAAAUUCCGUUUACUUUCAGAACGCAUCGAUAAUCAACUAGUGCCGAAACCAGAACAAUGUGUUAGAAUUACCGCUGCUGCUUUGAAUAAAUACAGAGGCGCUAUAGUACAGAACAAAAAUAGUGAGGAAGAUAAAAAACUCGCAGAACUGAUGAAAAGCUACGUAGCACAAAACAAUACUCUAUUAGAACAAGUUGCGUCUGGCAAACUGAACGCACGUCAGAGAUGGUUGCCAAUCGGUUCAAUUGAUUUUGACUUUCCCGAGAUGGAUUUAGAUGAUCUUAGAAAACUAUUUUUCGGCUGUUACCAAAUUAAACAAACUACAACAUAUGCCGAAGAGCAUUUAGAUGUCCAUGGCGACUUCGCUAUUCAAGUUUCGCGUGAAAGUUGA